AGGGAGGGAGGAUCACAGGCUGCGGGUGAAGCUUUGAAAGUCAGCCUCACAGGCAUUGCAGCAGAGCCCCGAACCGGAGAGAGAGGAGGAGGAAGAGGAGGAGGAGACUCGAGGCGUCUUUUCCUGUGGAGAGCCAGCGAGAGGCGCAGGAGGAGACCCGAGGGGGCGAGAGACGCCUGCCUUCCUCCCUGCUCUGCGCCUUCCCCGUUUCCCUGGCCAUUCAAGCCUCCGGAGCCCGGGCGUUUUGGCCAAGCGAGGCAAAGGAGAAGAGGCCAAGCAGAGCGAGGCGGCCAAGGAACAUUGUACGAAAGAGAUGUUUCACUACCUUAUGGACCAGCUCUGCCAGAUCCAUUUGCCAGCCCACACAUGAUGCCUGAAAUCGAAUUACUUGCACUAACACUGCACAUCAGUCAACUCUAAGGAGAAGAAAAAUGACAAAAACUGUACAAUCAUCAGUCUGAAUCACUGACCACUGAAUCAGAGCUAGAAGAAGCAACACCAAUGCAUCAAUUUGAUUCUACAAACAAAAUCAGGAAUCAAGCACGUGUUAUAUAGUAAAAAAAAGACUGAAGAAAGAAAUGCUCUGUUGCAGAAGAUUGUGGAAUGAUAAAAAUAUUGUCAAGACAUUUUAAACAGUCUUUCUGGAUCUUCUACAUAAACAUAUAUGCCUAUUACUGCAGAGAUGGAUAAAAAAGGAACUUCAGAUAAUCCACAAAUAAUUACUGGAAGAGCCAUCCAAGAUCCUUUACACCUGUUUUGCAUCAGUUCUUGUAGAAUGCUAUAAAGUUUUCUUAUUAAGCUGAAUCUCUGCUCACUUUCAACAGAUUAGACCUUAAAAGCUAAUAAAAAGGGAACUGCUGUCGAUACUUGUAUUGAACAUGACUCAUGGAGAAGAGCUUGUCUCUGAGAUGCACCAGGAUUCUGUUGUUCUAACUUACCUAGAGGGAUUACUAAUGCAUCAAGCAGCAGGAGGCUCGGGUUCGGUGGUUGACAAAAAGCCUAUUGGGCCUGUUGCAGAGGAUCAAAAUUGCAAGGUUUCUGGAAAUACAUCUCCCAGCUGUCAGAGAGAUGGUCCAGUUCCUAACACAAAUAUAUAUCGAAGUUCUGGCAUGCUGCAUCACAAAAAAGCAAGGCUGCUACAGUCUUCUGAAGACUGGAAUGCUGCAAAAAGAAGACGGUUGUCUGAUUCUAUUGUGGAUUUAAAUGGGAAAAAAGAAGCUUUGUUAGCUGGCAUGGUUGAAAAUGUGCCCAAAGGCAAACAAGAUAGCACGUUACUGGCUUCUUUGCUUCAGUCAUUCAGCUCUAGGCUGCAGAGUGUUGCUUUGUCACAACAGAUUAGGCAGAGCCUAAAGGAGCAAGGGUAUUCCCUCAGCCAUGAUUCUCUACAAGUUGAGAAAGACUUAAGAUGUUAUGGUGUUGCAUCCAGUCACUUGAAGACACUACUGAAGAAGAGCAAAGCAAAAGAUGAAAAGGUGGAGACAGGUCUACCUGAGGUAAAAGCAAAUGUGGUUAAAGAUCGUUUUAUAGAGUCUUCACACGCAGCACAGAGUAGUGGUGCAAAGGUGAUGAAUGAGUCACUGUCUUGUGCUGCAAGAUUACAAGCUGUUGCAAGCAUGGUGGAAAAAAGGUCUAGCCCUGCUACAUCUCCUAAACCCAGUGUGGCUUGUAGUCAGCUUGCUCUGCUUCUUUCAAGUGAAGCACACCUGCAGCAGUACUCCAGGGAACAUGCUCUUAAAGCACAAAAUGCAAGUCAGAUUGCAAGUGAGAGACUAGCUGCUAUGGCAAGAUUAAAAGAAAGUGUUCCAAAAGAUGUUGGCCAUUUCAAACUGUCAAAAGGAAUGGAAAGCCAGCUUAAUGGACAGGUGAGAUCUUCAACCAAAUCAGUACCCAAUAAAAGCAAUAUGACACAUUUUCAGAGUUCUGUGGGGAUAAUCCAUUCACCUCCCAGAAGCGUAAGCUACAAAGGAACAAUGGAAAAAAACCAUUUCAAACCACCUACCAACAGUAGUUUACUGCUGCAUCUCCUUAAAAAUCACAAUGCUACUAAGCAAGUUAAGGGAUAUGAACACAAUGACAGAUCAAGUAUUUUUGAAGAGGGUAGUACACCAACCACUGUCGAUGAGUACUCUGACAACAAUCCAAGUUUCACAGAAGAUGACAGCAGCGAUGAUGAAAGUUCUCAUUCUACUUGUCUUCCCAUAGAUUUAUCUUUCAAACAGAAAAACAGUGCUUCAGAUUCCAGACCACCAUCUUCACUAGACAACUUAACACAAUCCUUAAUUCAUAAUUGGGAUUCAAAAGUGCCGUGUCUAGAAAAUACAGAAGAGAAAGAUCCACCCAAAACUGCCAAACUAAAUCCACACCAGAAAGUAACUUUACUUCAACUAUUACUUGGCCAUAAAAAUGAAGACACUAUAGAGAAGCUUCCAGAAACUGAAGGAAUGUUAGUUACAGCUGAUGUGGCAAAAUUUAAUUUACCAACAGGUAACAGAACUCCUGUGACUGACUGCAUUAACACAAGUCGAAAUACUCCAGUCAACACUCCCCCUUUGCUAGCUUCUACAAAAGCAGAUUCACCCAUCAACCUCUCACAUCAUUCUCCCUUAUUGAUCAAGCAUAAUUCAUCACCAUACACUUGCAUCAUACAGCCUGAAAGAGUCAUUAAUCCAGCUUCUAGACACUUGAUAGAUCUUACAGUCCAGAAGGAACUUCAAGGAAGUAAGCAGAACAGAAAAGAAAUUUCGCAAGCAUCUUCAUCUUUUAGUGCAAGUAAACUUUUACAAAACUUAGCUCAGUGUGGGAUGCAGUCUUCCGUGUCUGUGGAUGAGCAAAGGCAAGCAAGCAAACAAGUAAUGACUCUAAACACAGAGAAACCAAUAGGCUUGAUAGAUGGACUAAAGAGCUCCAUGCUCACUAACGCACCCAUUAAAUUUGAAGAAAACAAAAUAGUAAGCAACCAACCUCUACCAUCAGAACAAAAAAUUCCUAGUUCAGAAAUCCAGAAUCUCCUUGAGAGGCGUACAGUCCUCCAAUUGCUUCUGGGAACUUCCAACAAAAGUACGAGUGAAACAAAAGAGAUGAUGCUAUCAAAAGAGGAGGGUUUACAAGACCCAACAGAAAAGACUUUGAGUGAGCAAAUAUUAACUGUAAAAGUAAAAUCUGAACCUUCAGAGGAAUUAAAUGCCCUUCAGAAUACAAAUACACAACAAACAAGGGGCAAUGUUCAUAAGAAAAUUCAUGGACUAGGUAGAUCCUUAGAAAGAAACACACCUACUUCUCCAACAUCAGAAGAACCUAGACCUAACCCUUUGUCACCUCAAGAUUUUUCCUUUUCAAAAAAUGGUCUGUUGAGUCGGCUGCUUCGACAGAAUCAGGAUAACUACUCUGUAGAUGAUGUAGACAGAAAUCAUAGAAACAAUGAACAGACAUUUGUGGACUCAAAAAGUCACAGCACCAUCCCAAAGAAGAGAAAGCUUCAUUGUGAACCUUGUGAGAGUCCUUUAAAAAUAGUAAAAUGUAACAGAAGUAACAUAUCCGAAAUUGCAAACAAUCAUAAGUCUUCUCCAGAUGUGUUGUAUGGGACUGCUCUUAAACAGAAAGACUUGAAAUUUAGCAGAACUGAUCUUGAUUUAAAAUAUUCUUCAGGUUAUGGUUCAAAUAAUGAAAGUGAAUCUAGAAGUUGGUCUAGAGAAAGCAAAGGAUUUAAUGUGUUGAAGCAGCUCCUUCUGUCAGAAAAUUGUGAAAAAGACAUGUCUCAACAUAGGAAUAAUUCAGCAGUAAUUGAUGGCAGAAAGAAAGCAAACAAAAACAAUAUAACAAAUAAUAACAAAGGUGAAUCCAGUGUUACUUCAUUGCAUACACUUGUGGAGAAUCCUGAGCAACAAACCAAUUGUCGGGAUCAUCAAGCAUUUCAAUAUUCAGUUGCAAUGAAAAGUCCUGCCAGUUCUCCCUUCUCUGAUCAACUGGGAGGCACAGUAUCAUCCCACCCUGAAUGUGACCAGUAUAGUGUUUGCCCUGUACCUAGUGAAAGGGGGCCCAUAAAAUGGAUCAUCACAGAUUCAGACAAGAAUGAACAUGACAGAGAUUCCCCAAGAUUGACCAAAACUAAUCCGAUAUUAUAUUAUAUGUUACAGAAAGGGGGGAGUUCUGUUAAUAUUCAGGAAGCACAUAGCAAAGAUGCUUGGAGUGAAACAUCAUUUACAGAAAAUUCAUCAGCUGCCACAAUUAAGAAAGAACUAUCACCUGUAGAAUGUAGAAUGCCAUUUCAUACGGUGAGACAUGCAUAUAAUAACCAUUCAAGUAACAAGGUGUCACUUCAACACAACGUGAAUGGAGAUGUAUAUGGACUCUUAGAAAAAGUGUUAACAAUUAAAAAAGAACCAGAGUAAAUAAUAGUCAUAUAAUGUGUUUACAGGCAGAUUGAAAUCUUUACUUUUCAAAAAAAUGUUGUAUAAAUCUAGCAUGAUUUGAGAAGUGCAUGGUAUAAGUGAAACAUGUUUUUGUUUGAUGAACUUUGUGGCUAAUAUUUAAAAUACACGUUGCUUUCUUUUCCUUUUUGUACUUUCCUUUUUUGGCUUUAAAGGAAAUUGAUCACAAUUUUUGUUAUAUAACCUGUAACUGGAGAUGUUGGUCUCCCUUGCACAUACUUUUCCUGAUGUAGUAACUACUGCCAAUAUUUCUUCAACACCAGCCAUAGUGUAAAGAACCUGAUCAAUGCUUCCAGGUAUGUUUCCAAAUCAUGCAAGUAAUGGGGCACAAACCUCCUAAUGUGUCAUGUGUAUGGCUGGUAAACAUGGCAGAAAAUUGAACCAUCUAGACAGAAUUCUUUAAAGUAUUGGAUUGAUAUAGGAAUAUUUACAGAGGCAGAAGCAACUACAUUGGGAAAUUACAUCUAAAGAGAAUCUUAUUUGGAACUACUGGUAUUACGCAUGUAAUGCAAUGUAAUAUCCAGCCUACACUGGUAUUUUGCGCCAUUGUAUCCUGCUAUGUAAUAUUUUUUCCUUUUUUAAAAAAAAUUCUGGGCACUGGGGCAGUAUAAUUUUGUGUUUUUCAAAAUUUUAUGAAAUGUGAAGAAUUUUUUUACAGAUGCAUCACUUAGACCAUGACAUUUGUUUAUUGUAUUUGUAAUCUCCAUUAGUGUCAACUAGAGAAGUGAACAGAAAUGAAAUUUAUAGUGCUUCCAAUGGCUUUUCAUUAUAUUUUGAUAUCUGAGAGAACCACAAGUAGAAUCUCUUUUCUCUAGUUACAUUUGGAGGAUGCCUUCCCUAGACACUCACUUGGAAUUAAAACUAGGUGACAACUUUACAUUUUUUAUAAUACUGGGUUUCCAAAAUGCUGUCAGUUUAAAAAACGUUUUAUUAUCCACAUUUAUGCGUUUGUUCAAGUAAACACAGCAAGGUCAUCUCAUGAGAUUAAUACAUGAAGAUACUCAGAAUUUUCCAGAACUACUGCUGAUUUAUGUUUAGAAAGAGAAAAAAUAAUAAUAGAAGAAAUAGUCAUUUCUCAUCAAUCCAUGCAUGUUUAAAAUAUGAGCACUAAUAAAGAAUGGAAAAUUAUUUAUGUUGCUGAUCUGUUGAUGUAAUUGUAAAAACAUCAGUUAGUCUGUAAACAGCUCGCUUAUUUAUUUAUUAGCCUUAACCAUACCAGAUUUAAAAGGAAUGGUGUAAAUUUAAAAAGUGGAAUGAAUCAAAUGACAGCUUUAAAAACUGGAAUGCAUGUAAUAACAAUAUAGUUAUUAGUUGUGACAUGCACUUCUCUCUCUCUCUCUCUCUCUCUCCCUCUGUCUUGCUACACACAUGCACACGUCUUUCACAUCAUUGACUUGGCUUUUCAUAAACAAGUAGAGUUUUUCAAAUAUUCUACCAAGAAAUUUGGCUAAUCUUACUCAAACUACAAUGCCACCUUCAAAAUACAAAUGAUUUUUGAGUACAAUAUUUUGCAUUUGCUUUUUGAGUUCUAUUUUAAAUAAAAUUCUAUCUACUGCAAUAACUUGAAACAUGUAGCAUUCUGGUUCAGAAUUAUCGACUCUGUUGAACUCUGAACAUUCAGAAGUUGUGAUAGUAAAUGUGAAGGGCUAAAUUCGGCAGUAGCAGUGAAACUACUUACCCUCUACAUCAUCUUAAAACUAGCUCAGGCCUACUGAACGAAAGAGGAAAAAAGAUUUCCCUUGCAAAUCCACUGGAUCCUGCUUCUAAGGCAUAGAGAUCUCAUUCAUGAUGUUGUCUCAAGUCAAAGUUGACUAGGCAAUACCUAACAUAGUGGAUGGCACUAAAUCUCAGUUGCUGAGCUUAAAAUAUGUGGUUGUAGUGAGCAACAAGUUUCACAAUAACUUAAUCUAAUCUGACCCAAGUCUUCCAUUGAUGUUUAGCAUUUUUGAGAAACCAGAAAAGAUCAGUAGAACCCAUCUCAUGGAGAGAUUCAAUGAUGGGGAAGGCAGGUUAUCACUUGACUAGAAAAGGUUUUUAUGAAGGAGAUGUAUAUUUUAAUCAAAUAUAAUGUUAAUUUCAUUCUGAGUCAGGUUUCAGCUGUAUCUCAUUUAAGAUAAAACUCAUUAUAUCCUUUUGGAAUACAAUUCUACUGAAUUAUGUAAGACUUACUUCAAUAGAUACAUACAAGAUUGUGCUGUUCAAGUAUUUAUUGCUUUUAGAACUAACCAGUGACAACUCAGAUGUCAUUAAUUCAAAUGAUUUCAGAACUUUCUUAAUGAUGUUGAACCCCAUAUUUGCCUCACAUUAACCUUUAAGAGAAGGGUAUAAUUGUUCCAUCAUAAAGUUACCUACAAAAUAUUGUUUUGUUAUUUUAGUAGUAGUAGUCAUAGUAGUAAAAUAAUUUAUGUGUUUAAGGGUGGGUGUUGUUGUGAACCAGAAACUGUGAAAUUGUAACUUAUAGAAAGGACCAUGCUUCAAUAUUUAUAUAAAAAUCUAGUAAAAAUUGGCAUAAAUAUUGUUUAAAACAUGUAUUGCAAUCCAUAGUCAUUCCACUCUUGUACUUCUGCAUGUGCUAAUGUCAUAACAAAUCUUUGUUACCUUACAGAGUUUUAACAUAAUCAUAUAGUGUGCAUUUCUGUACUUUAAACAUAAAUAUAGUCCAGAGGAUUGGAGUUCAUUUAUUAAAGAAAGCAAAGAGAAACUCCUAUUAUUAAUAUGAUCAUACAUAUUCCAUUAGGUGUUCUCUAGACAAAUAUUUAAGUGCUCACUGACAAAACAUUACUGUUCCACAUAAGCAACCCUUUUUAUAAUGCCAGAGGUUGGUGUGUCCGAUUCUAAAUGUUACCUUCAUUGACACAAUCAAAAUUCUCAAAAUUGGGUAGCAAAUAAGAUUUUAAUCAAAAGGGUUUACAUAUAUCUCAACCAGCUGCCUUACCCAUGUGGCCAAUAAAAGCCAACCAAGGAACAAAAGAUAAGCCAGGCAGUAGCUUGUUUGCAAUCAUCAUACACAGUUCUGAAUAUGAAGCACACAUCUAUCCGAUGGUCAUUCACACUAGAUAAUUACAGCACUAUUAUCUCACUUCCACUGUUCCAUCUCCAUCCUAUGUUAUCCUGGGAUUUGCAGAUUAGAAAGCAGUAUUUCGAAUUCUAGUGCCUCCACAAACUGUAGCUUCCAGGAUUCUAUAGAAUGCAACCACAGCAGUUAAAAUGGAAUAAUAAUGUGAAUGGAUAAAUCAUCCAAGUUAAAUGUGCUACAGAAUGAAAGUAUACAUGAUAACAUGUCCCUCUGGUUAAACCAAAUUUGCUUCAAUAUAGUCAUCACCAGUUUCUCCCUGUGCAGUAAAGUCAUCUUGGAAGGGGAGAAAUACUAGGAGUGGACGUCAGAAGAAAGUGAGCUAAUGAACUAGGGUUUUUCUCCCACACGUUUCUUUCAUUUAGAUCAAGAUUUGUUAUAUUUUCUGGUUUUUAUCUGACUGCCUCAGGUAACUUGAGUCAGAAUUUGACUAUAAGAUUUAGAGAGAGAGAAAAUUAAUUUACAUUGUGAUCUAAAAGAAGAGUAAUAUGGAUCUUGGGAUAGAGAACAACAUUUCUGUCUCAUUUUUAUGCCAUUUUGUAAAAGCAUACAUUAGGACUUCAGAAUAAUGCUUAAAUUUAGGACCAUGCAAUAUACUAGUGGAGAUUACCUAAAUCUACAGUCGGAUUCACAGAAACAUACACCUUAUUGAGCACAAUGGAUCUUAUGUCUACGUAGUUAUGGACCGGAUGGGGCUGCACACCUGGAAACCUAUGCAUACUUCCUGAGACUAAAUGCUCUUGAAUUCACUGGAAUUUCUUCUGAGUAAAUGUGUUUAGGAUUAUUCUAAAAAUAUCAGUCAUUUUUUUGAAGAUAGAAACGAUAGUUUGAAUGGAAAACCAGCCAUGUGUUUACUUCUUAAACAAUAUAUAUAUUUUUUAAAAAAUCUAGAUGAUAAAGUGUUUAAUUUACAUUUUUUCCAAGAUACAUUAUUUUAUUUCUCCCACCAAACAUCAAUCUAAUGUGACAACGCUAUCAUUUAUGACAGCAAGAUAUUGCCAGUUUCUACUGCAUUUUAGUAGAAUGAACUGGUUAGUUAUAUUUUAUAUAUAUAUAUAUAUUUAUGUAAAGUAUGUAUGUAUGUAUAUGUAUACAUUUGUAAAUAUGUAGACUUGUUACACAUACAUGUCAAAAUUGGUUUUUAACAAAGUGAUGUACAUAGUGGUUUCUUUAAUGAAAAGUACAGAUUUUGUAUUCUAUAUAAUGCAAAAGAUUAAACCUUUUACUCUUUUUGUUAUGUAUAUUCCAUGUAUUAAAUGUAAAUAUGAUCCCAUAGGUUUAAAUUUUUGCAUGUACGUAUACAGUUGCAAGUCUGGAAGAAUGUAUAAAAACAUUUUAUUUAAAAUUGUAAUUACUUGCUGCAUGAAAAAUGCAUGGGGGACCCUGUGCAUCUCUGCAAUGGCAAAAAUGUCUUAAGUCAAACAAGAUGUUUAUCAAACACAACUGUAUUCUGUUUCUGGACAUGACUUCUGCUGUGGUAUUUUAGCUUUGUGAAAGAAUGUGCUUCAAAUGAAAGGGUCUGGGGGAAAACAGCUUUUUUUUAAAAAAAAAAUAAACAAACAUAAAGAGCCACCUCCCUUCUGCCAGCCACAAACAUCAUUAACUUUUUUAUUCCAUUUCAAACUGCUGAGAUCUAUUAUAGUUUUGUCAGUGUAAUACCAAUUUUCAUUGCCAUAAAGAAAAAUUCUGGGGUUUAUGCAAUCUUUUGUUGUGGAGUUUUCACUAAUUUAAUGGCUUUCAUUUUUAUUAGAAGAUGAUUUAUUCAUGUGAUGUCAUGAAACUGUACAUACUGCAGUGUGAAGGUUUUUUUUAAUUCUUUCAGUGUUUACUUCCUGCAGAAAAUUUGAAUAAAUGAGAAAAAUGCAUUGAA